AUGAGGAUGAAGGCCUUGGUGUUUUGUACCUUAGUGAUCAUAAUCGCCCUGAGCAUGAGAGUUCCCUAUGUCUUUGGACUGGAUAUUCGUCUAAUCGGAGGGCCUGACAGCUACAGUGGUCGAGUAGAGGUUGGUUAUUAUGGUGUCUGGGGUACUGUCUGCGAUGACGGGUGGGAUAUUCAAGAUGCAGAAGUCGUCUGUAGAAUGCUUGGCUUUCAGACCGCCAUGAGAGCAGUCGGGAACGCUGAAUUCGGUGUAGGUUCUGGAAACAUCUUACUUGAUGAUGUUCAAUGCCUUGGGACAGAACGCAACCUUGCUGAAUGCCCCCACAGGGGAUAUGGGAUUCAUAGUUGUGGACAUAGCGAAGACGCUGGAGCUGUCUGCGCUAAUGAUCAAAAUCUGCAAGUUCGUCUAGUUGGUGGACGGACCGCCUUAGAAGGUCGCGUUGAGUUGUUCUUUGGAGGUUCUUGGGGAACAGUUUGUGAUGAUCUCUGGGACUUGAACGAUGUCAUAGUUGUAUGCAGAAUGCUUGGCUUUCAGAACGCAGUGAGAGCAGUCAUGAGCGCUGAAUACGGUGUAGGUUCUGGAAGCAUCAUUCUUGAUGAUGUUCAAUGCCUUGGGACAGAACACAACAUUGCUGAAUGCCCCCAUAAUGGAUAUGAGAGUCAUGAUUGUCAACAUAUCGAAGACGCUGGUGCUGUCUGCGCUAAUGAAGACGCCACGAGUCACCAUUUUGGAGUUCGUCUUGUCGGUGGAAGUAGCAGGAAUGAAGGACGGGUUGAGAUGUUCUACAACUUAUUCUGGGUGACAUUUUGCGAUGUUGGAUGGGGCUUGAGAGAGGCCGACGUGGUCUGUAGAAUGCUGGGGUUCACGGGUGCUUCAGAAGUGCUGAAUAAUGUAGCAUUCGGUGAAGGAGUUGGGAUGAGUGUCCUUGUGAGAGGUUUUUCCUGUCUUGGAUCAGAAAACAGCCUGCUUGCCUGUACCUUCACAUCUUUUGAACUUAGCAGCUGUCCACAUAGUCAGGAUGUCGGAGUCAAGUGCAAUGAUGCAGUACUUGGAGCCAUCUUGGCCGGGUCGUAUACACUCUUCCUGCUUGUAGGCCUCUACGGCUGCUAUCGACUCAGAAAACUGGAGAGAACUGAAGCGGCGUCCGGGUACCUGAAUCCCACCAUUGGGGGAGAACGGGUUUACACAGAGAUGUCGUUUACGAAGGGAAAUGAUCAGGAAGGUCCCAGUCGCAAGUAUAAAGCUCCCAUAAAGCAGCCCAUUGGUCGCAAGCCUAAGUCUGGGAGGAUGAGGAUGAAGGCCUUGGUGUCUUAUACCGUGGUGAUGAUAAUCGCCCUGAGCAUGAGAGUUCCCUAUGUCUUUGGACUGGAUGUUCGUCUAAUCGGAGGGCCUGACAGCUACAGUGGUCGAGUAGAGGUUGGUUAUUAUGGUGUCUGGGGUACUAUCUGCGAUGACGGGUGGGAUAUUCAAGAUGCAGAAGUCGUCUGUAGAAUGCUUGGCUUUCAGACCGCCAUGAGAGCAGUCGGGAACGCUGAAUACGGUGUAGGUUCUGGAAACAUCUUACUUGAUGAUGUUCAAUGCCUUGGGACAGAACGCGACCUUGCUGAAUGCUCCCACGGUGGAUAUGGGAUUCAUAAUUGUGGACAUAACGAAGACGCUGGUGCUGUCUGCGCUAAUGAUCAAGAUCUUCAAGUUCGUUUAGUUGGUGGACGGACCGCCUUAGAAGGUCGCGUUGAAGUGUUCCUCCAAGGUUCUUGGGGAACGGUUUGCGAUGAUCACUGGAACUUGAACGACGCCAGAGUUGUAUGCAGAAUGCUUGGAUAUCAGAACGCAGUGAGAGCAGUCAGGAGCGCUGAAUACGGUCAAGGUUCUGGAAGCAUCAUUCUUGAUGAUGUUCAAUGCCUUGGGACAGAACGCAACCUUGCUGAAUGCUUCCACAGUGGAUAUGGGAUUCAUGAUUGUGGACAUAGCGAAGACGCUGGAGCUGUCUGCGCUAAUGAAGACACCACGAGUCAGCAUUUUGGAGUUCGUCUUGUCGGUGGAAGGAGCAGGAAUGAAGGAAGGGUUGAGAUGUUCUACAACUUAUUCUGGGUGACAAUUUGCGAUGUUGGAUGGGGCUUGAGAGAGGCCGACGUGGUCUGUAGAAUGCUGGGGUUCACGGGUGCUUUGGAAGUGCUGAAUAAUGUAGCAUUCGGUGAAGGAAUUGGGAUAAGUGUCCUUGUGAGAAGUAUUUCCUGUCUUGGAUCAGAGAACAGCUUGCUUGCCUGUAGCUUCACUGUAGCUUCUUUUGAACUGAACAGCUGUCCACAUAGUCAGGAUCUCAGUGUCAAGUGCAAUGAUGCAGGUGCUCUGAUAUCGACGACCCAAUUUGACCCAACAACCUCAUUGGGGCAUCCAGAACAUGUCUCUCAAGUACUUGGAGCCAUCUUGGCCGGGUCGUAUACACUCUUCCUGCUUGUAGGCCUCUACGGCUGCUAUCGACUCAGAAAACUGGAGAGAACUGAAGCGGCGUCCGGGUACCUGAAUCCCACCAUUGGGGGAGAACGGGUUUACACAGAGAUGUCGUUUACGAAGGGAAAUGAUCAGGAAGGUCCCAGUCGCAAGUAUAAAGCUCCCAUAAAGCAGCCGAUUGGUCGCAAGCCUAAGUCUGGGAGGCUUGGAUCUCCAGAUAGAAAUGACCCCUCACCCUUGACCCUACAUGACCCCAUAUAUGAUGAAUGUGACUGA